GCGUCACCAGUAAUCGGAACUAUCCUUCAAAUUUUAGAACCUAUCAAGAACGUCAGCUAAUUUUUGUGAUUUUUGUGUUAUUUAUUAAUGUCUUGAUUACUCAAUUUCAGGACAAUGGAGAAAAUAUGCCGAGUUUGUUUCAAGAAGUCGGACGUCAUGAAUCUACCGGCUUUCCAGUUGAAAAGAGGGACUCUCUUCCGGAACUGAUUUGCCUGCCUUGCCGUGAGGAUGCUGAAAAUGCCUUUGAGAUCAAGCAAACCUACGAGAGGAGCCAUUACUUCUUCAGCCUGAUGGAGGAGGAUCGUGAGGCAAAGGCCUUUUACAGAGCUAAGGAUCAGGAGGGGGACAAAAAGACUGCAUCCUCUACAGAUGAUAGCGAUGAUAGUGAUAUGUUCUUCGAGGACAAGGACUUCCAUAAGGAAGAGGACAAGAAGACCAAAUCAUCUACGGAUGAUAGCGGUGAUGGUGAUAUGUACUUAAAGGACAAGAACUUCCAUAAGGAAGAGGACAACAAGACCAAAUCAUCUACGGAUGAUAGCGGUGAUGGUGAUAUGUACUUAAAGGACAAGGACUUCCAUAAGGAAGAGGACAACAAGACCAAAUCAUCUACGGAUGAUAGCGAUGAUGGUGAUAUGUACUUAAAGGACAAGGACUUCCAUAAGGAAGAGGACAACAAGACCGAAUCCUCUACAGAUGAUAGCGAUGAUGGUGAUAAGUUCUUCAAAGAUAAGGACUUCCAUAAGGCUAAGGAUCAGGAGGUGGUCAAGAAGGCUGAAUCCUCUAUAGAUGACAGCGAUGAUGGUGCUAAGCAGCUUCCAUUUAAGUGUCCACAUUGCCCGAAGAGAUGCAAAUUGAAUGGCAAUCUAACGAAGCACAUGAGACUCCACUCCGAUGAAAGACCCUAUAAAUGUGAGCACUGCCCGAAGACCUUUAAAGAUAGCUGUGCCCUGCAGAAGCACAUACGCAUCCAUACGGGCGAGCGCCCCUUCAAGUGCACCGAGUGCCCGAAAGCCUUCUCUUACUGGGGCUCCCUGAGGGAUCACAAGUUGGGUCACUCUGGCGAACGUCCGCACAAGUGUCCCCACUGCGCGACGUCCUUCAGAUGGCGGAAGCUUCUUACCAUCCACUUGCGCUGUCACUCCGGAGAACGUCCUUAUAAGUGCUCCGAGUGCUCCAAGACCUUCGCUGCCCGCUCCACUCUGGGAACUCACAUGCGAACCCACACUGGAGUGCAACCCUACGAGUGUCCCACGUGCCAAAAGUCCUUCAGCUACUCGCAGAGUCUGCGUGCGCACAUGAAAACACACCAGAAAUAACCCUGGAUAAACCUGAAACCUUGAGAGUACCUUAAAAAAAUGCAUUCCGUUGUUAGGCAUACAUAUGUUGUAAUUAUACUGGUUAAGAAAUCUCAAGAUUGAUUUUAGUCAACUGAAAUUGUUGUUAAAUGAUAUGAUAUUAAACAUUGCAGUAAAUUAU